AUGUUGCGCACUGUAAUAGCUACAGUGACCUUAUUCCUUGCUCUCAGUACUGUCAAAGCCUCCGGAUUUGAUCCUCGAGAAGCAACUAUCUCUUCUACACACAACGCCCUCUACACCAACCUUACGACCUGUCGAGAUGUCGUCUCUUCCUACCUUGCCCGGGUUGAAGCCCUCAAUCCGAAGAUUAAUGCCAUCAUCUCUUUGGACACACACGCACUAGAAAUAGCAGAUCAAUACGACACCCAACUUCGAUCCAAUAAUGGUACCGCCUACAAGCCUCUCUUCUGCAUCCCCACCCUGCUCAAAGAUAACUACGAUACGUCCUCCCUUCCUACAACAGCCGGGUCUUUGGCGUUGGCUAAAUCUCAACCCAGUGAAGAUGCUCCUGUGGUCAAAGCUCUGAAAGAUGCCGGAGCAAUCAUUCUCGGCAAGACAAACCUCCAUGAACUCGCUCUCGAAGGUAUCACGGUCUCCUCUCUCGGCGGCCAGACCAUCAAUCCUUAUGACUCUACUCGCACUCCUGGAGGUAGUUCAGGUGGGACUGGCGCCGCUGUCGCUGCUUCUCUUGCAAUCUGGGGAACUGGAACCGACACUGUCAACAGUCUUCGGUCUCCAGCCAGUGCAAAUGGACUGUGGAGUUUGAGACCCACACGAGGAUUGAUUUCGAGGACGGGAGUUGUGCCUGUGAGUUUCACCCAGGAUACUUUGGGACCCAUUGCGCGUUGUGUGGAGGAUCUGGCAGUAGCUUUGAGUGUGAUGGUCAAAGCAGGUGAGUUUGAUAAUAAAGGUGCAGAUAAUGCCACUCUUGCGGUGCCUGCUGGUAUCACAGGAACGGACUAUACGGCAGUUCUGAAGCAUGAGAAUGUACUGAAGGGUAUGCGGUUUGGAUUGCUGGAAGGUUUCCUCAAUCGGACAUCUGGUUCCGAAACAGACCCCGUCAAUGAAGCCAUGGAUAACAUGAUCGCUUUUCUCACCCGCUCUGGUGCAACGGUCGUUUCUAAAAUGGAGAAGACGUACAAUACAGCAGACCUCUUGGAACUUGAUACUCAACGCUUUGAAUUCAGGCAAGUAAUGGACGAAUACCUCUCCGAUCCGUCCCUUGGCGGUUCUCAUCCAAACUCUCUGGCAGACCUUUACGAUGCGGAAAAGGAGGAUUUCUUCGUCCUUCCCAUACAGUACCCCUUCAUUCACACGGCUCUUCGCUCCUCGACUUCGAAUGACACGUAUCCGCUGUUGAUGCAGAAGAUACUAGAACUGAAACUGAGAGUAAAGCAGACAUUUGAGGAGAACAACCUGGAUGCGCUCAUAUAUCCUCAACAGAAGAACCUCGUGGUCAAGCUUGGCUCUCCAUCUCAAAGUGGUCGCAAUGGGAUAUUGGCGGCUUUGACGGGAUUGCCUAUGAUCACCGUCCCUGCCGGUAGAAGCGAAAGUUCCGAGACUGCAUCGUUGGGUGUCCCGGUUGGGAUGGAGAUUCUGGGGAGGGAAUGGACCGAGGGGAAACUUCUUGGGAUUGCAAGGGYUAUUGAAGAGACGGGCUUUGUGCAACGAAGGAUGCCAGAGUGGGCGGAGAUUGAUGUUCCUGUGCCUAUCUAUGAAAGCGUCCCCGUCGUAAUUCCCAAUUGGGAGAAUUUGAGCAGCGAGUAUCCUGUUGGGAGAGUAGAAUAG